AUGGUGGGACAACGGACAUAUGCUCGUCGGCGAAAUGUUCUGGACGAGGCCGAUGUCACCACGAUCGAGAGUAUUUUGUCGAGGUGGGACGAGGACUUCCCCAACACCGGCGAGAUCACUACGACUGCGGUCUGGAUGGACAUCGUCAAGUGCACCGCCGAGAGCUCAACGUGUUUGACUCCAGCAUCGCCUUCCAUUACGAGCAUAAGCGACUGGCAUUACAUCAACCUGCCGCUUCAUAUUAAUGGGGACAAGUGGGAGGACAAGGACACGGACCUCACACUCCGCUCCACACAGUCGCGGGUAUCAGCGAGGCCUUCCCUAAGUGACGGUGGCGGCAACAGCGAGACUUUCACGUCGCCCUGCGUGUUUAGCAACCCACACGCUGUCUGGGAUGCCGCUGGUGGCCUGUACAGCCUCAAUAAAUGGAGCUUGAAUAUCGACAGCUUCAGGCCGACACUGGAGAACGCUUCGGAGCUCAUCGCGUUGCUUCCGAGUGUCCAGGACAACAUCACGUUCUCGCAGUACGUGAACGUGACGUACAAUGAACUGAACACGGCGCUGGUUACCAACCAGGUGCUGCGUGAAGUGGCUUUAGAGACGUACAACUUCGCUAACACUAUCGUGUACUCGAACCUGGACCUGAAUGCCACAAGCUCGGGAACUUACCCGUGCCCGUCGGCUUCGUACCUCGCUAUGGUUGGGGAAAUCUCACAAAAACGUAUUGCGAUCGCCGGUAGUCGGCUUGCUGUUGUCUUGAAGCACUUUGCUGCCCAGCUGCGUGUACUAGGGCUACAUGUAGCGAAUUAG